AUGACAUUACAGUUUUAUAGCUCACAGCAAUUACGCAAAAAAUAUAACAAACGUAAUGAUGAAAAUUUUGAAUGGGGUUAUCUUGGUUCCAACGGUCCUGCUUAUUGGUAUCAAGUUAACGAAACCUGUAAAGGCAUUAAUCAACAAACCCCUAUAGAUCUGAAACUUGAAGAUUUUGUUAACUCUACUAAAAUUGAGUUAAAUGUAGCCAAGGAAACUGAAUUAAUUCUCUUAAAUAAUGGUCAUACUUAUCAAGUUCAACGCCUUAAGGGUAAUAUCACGGUACCAGAAUUGAAUUAUGAUGCAACUUUGAAAGUUGGUGGUGAAACAUAUUAUCUUUUUCAAUUCCAUUUUCAUAUGCCAUCGGAACAUCAUGUUGAAGGCAGAGAUUUAUUAAUGGAAGGGCAUUGGGUUUUCAAAACUUCGUCUGAUAAAAAUGCAAAAGUGGCCGUUUUAGGAGUUUUCUUUGACCUUGGAGAAAAUGAUGAACCUAGUUUGAAACCUAUUGUGGAUAUAAUUAAUGAUAAACCGGUGGAAGUCGGUAAAUAUGUUAGCAUUUCAAUGUCAGCAGGCAAACAAAUAUUUAAAAAGGUUAAAACUGUUUAUAGCUAUACCGGAAGCUUUACCAUACCACCAUGCACCGAAGGUGUUCGUUGGUUUGUUUCUCAAGAUGUUCUAAGUAUUAGUCCAUCCCAAUUUAAAUCAUUUAAGUAUGUAUUAAAAUAUAACUCUCGAUUUAAGCAAAAACGUCUCGAUGGUGGCGAACCAAAAUCACACCAACCGUGGAAGCCCAAUGUUCUUUAG